AUGACAACAACAAAGAUAAAAUCUUUACCAAAUAUUCCUAUUCCGGAAAAAUUAAUAAAACCUAAUCCAUUUUUAAAUGAUAAAAAACCAGUUGAAUCAAAUCUACUUUCAUUUGUUAGUAGUGGCCUUGAAUUUAAUACUGAUGUUGUACAAAAAAUUUGUCCAUCAACUAUAUCAUUUACAAAUUAUAAUGGUCGAUCAUUAUAUACUCCAAAUCGUGAAAUAAGUAGUUCGCCACGACCACCUCAUCGUUUACAGCCAAUUGUUCCAUUAACUCUAUCUAAAGCAAGAUGGGAACAUGCACGUCGAAUGCUAGCACAAAAACCAAUUUCAAUUGAACCAGUAAAAUUUCGACCACGACAACCACUUUUUUAUAUGACUGAAGUUGAUGAUUAUGAUGAACAUAUUCAAGAAUCUAAAGAAGAAAUUAUAGAUGAUCAUUCAACACCUACUACAAGAUCGGAAUCACCAGAAGAAACUAGUGAAACUACAAGUGGAAUACGACGUGGUCAUGAUAAUAUUGAAAAACAAGCACGAAUUAUAGCUGAAAAAGAUUUUGCUCAAAUGGAACGAAAUUGGGAUAAAUAUAUGUUUGAACAUAUGGAUGAAAAUACAGCUAAAUUUAUUAUUUUAAAACAUGUUCAUGAUGAUGAUCGUCGAGCUCGAUUAAUUGAAUAUUUAAAAAAAACAUAUAACAUCACAAAAUUACCAAAUCCACAAGAAAUGGAACUAGUACCGACGACUGAUGAUGAAGAGAAAAAAGCCGAAGAACAUGAUUCAAAAAAAUUACAAAGUCAAAUACCAGAAACAGAUGCUGAUGUGCCUAAACGAGAAAUUCCACUUUAUCGUUUACCACGAGGUUUACGACGACGAGCAAAAGAGAAAAAAGAAGAUGCAGCAUCACAUACUCGUCCAUCUCAACAAAUAAUUACUGGAAAUACAGCAAUACGUCGUGAAACAUCAUUUUAUGAUAUAAUGUCAAAUAAAAUAUUAAGUACAGUCUAUCGAACAGAUCAUCCAUAUGAACAAGCAAUGCUUCUUGGUAAUAAUAUUCAUAAACCAACAGAUGAACCUGGUGUUAUUGUUCUUUCGGAUAAACUUCAAUUUGAUAAAGUUCUUCAAAAACAACUUCCACCUGAUCCUGAUUCAAUUGCUACAACACUUCAAAUUGAUUCAUCAGCUGCAUUUGAUCGACGAAAACCAGCACGAGGUUUUCGUCGUUGGAAAGCUUUACCUGAAGUCAAAGAUAUGAGUUCUCACCUGCAAAUGCCCAUGUCAGAUCAUGAAAUCAAUAGAGCAGCAGCAAUUCAAGCUUUUUUUGCUCAGCAUCCACCUCGACCACCGGAUGUUAGUGAUUUAUCACUUUCAUGGCUUAUGCCAACAACACCAGAUUCUCGAUUGCAUCAAAUAUUAAAAUCAAAUACAACUAUUAGUCGAAUUAUUGAAGAAUGGAGACGUAAAUGGCAAGUUGGUAGCCAAUGGCUUGAUGCUGAUGUUGAAGAAUUAUAUCAAGAUUUACAUGAUAUUCAUCCACAUAUUCGUUUUACUGCUAUUGUUGUUUGUAGUCGAGCUGCUCAAUAUCUUACUCAAAAAGAAAUAGAUCUCGGUUUAAAAGUUCAUCUUCUUCCUGAAAAAUUACUUCAAUCUAUUGAAUCUUUACUUAAUGAUUCUCAAGAACGUGUACGAACAGCUGCUGCUAUUGCACUUGUUACAUUACAUCGUUUUUCUCCACAAGUAGAAAAUAUUCUUCGUUCUUGUGUUGCUAAUGGUAAUCCUGAUGAUAAAUUAACAGCUGCACAAUGUUUAGCUAGUCUUAGUUACUCAACAUCAGAUGUAAUACAUGAAUUAUUAAAAAAUUAUUUUGACGCUGAAGAUGAAUUAACACGUGAACAACUUAUUCUUGCAUUAGCUAAAUUAAGUCAACGAACGAAUCUCGUACAUAGUUUAGCCGGUGAAUAUUUAAAUUCUGCUGAUGCUAAUGAUCGAAUAGUUGCUUGUAAACUAUUUCCAUUACUUAAAUCUCGACCAAAUAAGGAUAUAACACAAAAAUUAAUUCAUCUUAUGUGGCAAGAUAUGAAUAGUAGUGUACGCCGUGUAGCUGGUCAAGCAUUAGGUAAAUGUGGUUGUGGUCAAGCAGUACAUGAAGAAGUUGUUUUACGUUUACAAAGUCAUCAUUGGCAAGAUCGUGUUGAAGCACUUAAACUUAUUGGUUAUCUUGGUGUUUUAACAGCUAAAUUAAUGCAACCAUAUUUAAAAUGUUUUAAAGAUGAUCAUGUUAGUGUACGUGAUCAUGCAUGUCGUACAACAUAUAAAUUACAAUUACGUGAUGAAACAAUAAGAAAUUUACUUAUUGAUCGUAUUGAAUUUGAUCCCAUUGAAAAAGUUCGAUAUUCAGCUGUUGAAGCACUUGGUUUAUAUGGAAUGACAAAUGCAAAAUGUCGAAAUGUUCUUUUAUGGGCUGUUCGAUAUGAUAAAAGUUCAUUAGUACGAGCAGCAUCACCAAAUGCUCUUGUUCUAUUAGAAAAAACAAGUGAAGAUAUUAUUGAUACAUUACAAAGUCGAUAUUUAGUUGAAAAAGAACCUGCUGUUGUUCAAUCAUUAAAAGAAGCAUUGGAAGCUUAUCAUUGUAAUCUAAGUCAAGAUGUUCCAAUAGUACAAGAAAUUCGAAAUGAAGUUCGAAAAUUAAAUACAAAAAAUACAAUAUUGGAAAAAAUAAUCAAUUUAGAAAAAGAACUACGUUUAACAGCUGCUAUGGAACGAUUAAUUGCACCAUUAAUAGAUAAACCAUCAACACCAUCACCUGCUGACAACGAAAAUAAAUCAACUACGACUUAUACAAAUUAUAUUCAAAGUGUUGCUGAUACUAAUGCUGAUGGUAAUAAUGUGCCUGAUGUUUGGUCACCAGAAUUAUGGCAUCCGGAUAGUAAAACUGGUAAAAUAAAAAAACAUCGACUUCCACAUAAUGAAGCACCACCACCUCAGGAAGAACCAAUUACAAUUACAACAGAGCCUGAACAAUCAAGUUAUAGUCUUCAACCAGGUGUCUUAUUACCUGUUGAAGAGGAAGAAAGUGAAACUGAAGAAGACAGUCAAGCUACACUUUCUUAA